AUGGCCACGGCCAUUUCCCAACCCACUUCCCAUCCCCCGAAGAUGAAGCGACCGCCCCCGCCUUUUGUCCAGACCGGGGUCAAUGGAGUCAAGGCUCAGCAAUCCUCAUCCUCCCCGCAAUCCGCGUCGAAGCGUCUCCCGGGCGCCGGCCAAACUUCUUCGGCUACCUCGAUGGCUGGAACCACCGCAAAUGGCAUCAAUGGCACGACAGAUGCGAAGGGUCCCCUGAAUCGUCCGAAGAGGGAUGCGCCGAAGCCAGGGGAGGCUGCUGGCCGGUUACAAAAGCUGCAGUCGCGGACCACGUCCACGGAUUUGGGCCAGCGCUCCAGCAAACAAUGCGCCGAACCCUAUGUGAAAACGACAAAUUACAUCCUCAAGAAGUACUCCAAAUGUCCUCCAUCGCUUGUCCUCCACCUUCACCCCACACAUUUCCGCUUCGAACAACAAGAUGGGAGUUUUCCGUAUAACUCCGAAAUGAAGGUUGUCAUCGAACAUCUUCGCGCCGGCACUGUGCCUCACGAGAUAAUAGAAGAGCUCCUGCGCGCCAACAUCCGGUUCUAUGAAGGCUGUCUCAUCGUACGGGUGAUUGACCACAAGUCUGUGUCCGCGCAGGCGCGAAAGACGACAGCACAUUCAUCCAAUGAAAACAACACCCCCUUCUCGAUCCACAACUAUAACGAACACAUAACACCAUCUGCCUAUGUCCCGUAUCCUAAACAGAAUCAGUUAACCUCCGAGAAAGACGACACGAAUGCUACAGCUGGGAAUCAGGCGGAUGCUCCGAACAGCGAGCAAUCCGCCGGCGCCAAGGAUCAAGGCGAUUCUGGAUCCUCUCAACAGAAGGAAGCUCCUUCAAAACCGCGGGUUUUCACGACUGUCCUCCAUCCUACUCCCCGUUCACUGCAAGCGGAACUCACGUUGCUUGCAACCACCCCUGCGAGAACAUCACCUGCAAACUCGACAACUCGUACACAGGGUGCUUCCAUGGCCCCUCCGUCGCCUGGGGGCUCUAACACUCAACUCGAACGAGGCCAUGUUGCCAAGAAGCAGAAAAUGAUGGUUGAACCCGCGGAUUUGCCUGAAUGUGAAUCACGACUGACGCGAGCCCUCGCACCACCUCUCUUCCUGGAUCCGGUCGACAGCUUCGAUGCUGCACAAGACCUUCUCAGGCACCUGGAAAGCCCUCUUCAUAUGGAUCCUCCACCGUCGCCGAAGAGAAGGAAGCGCACGGUGGCAGAACUUGCUGCCGACGAAGCGUUGGCCGCCGAAGAGGAGCGGUUCAUGCUUAUUAUGGACGAACGACUCGAGCCAAACGGGCCUGGAGGCGCUGGAGGGCCUAAGGCCGCAGCAGUGGACGAUACUGGUGGAGGUGCUCCCUUCGAGCCUCGUUUCUCGAGAUUCAAGACCCUCGAAAACAUUCGAAUGCAACAUGAAGAGAAGGCCAAACGAGAACAUGAGAUCAAGCUCAAACAGGAGCUGGCCAAGAGGCAGCAACAGGAGCAGGAGAGAGAAAGACGCCGGGCCCUGGAACAGCGACAGGCAGAAGAGCACGCCAAGGAUGAAGCACGAAGGCAGCACCUUGCUGCGCAGCAGCAAGCCCAAGCCCAAUUGGCGGCGCAACAACAGAAUAGGCAUGUCAUGGCCCAGGCGAAUGGAGUCAGUCAGGCACCCCAGUCAUCGCCUGUGGUCCGCAAUCAGACCCCGCAUAAUACCUCGUCUCCCCUGGUCGGCAAUGCUAUGGGAACACAAGCCGGUGUUCCCAUGAGCAUGACGUCUUCUAUGCAGGGUGCUGGAAGCCCUCAGAGGCCUCCAUCAGCGCUACAGCACGCCCACCCCAACCUUAUGAGCCACCCGAUGGCGGCAUCACGAAGCCAACAAGGCCCGAGCCGUCAUGGAACGCCGCAGAUGACCCAGGGAACGCCCGCGAUGUCUCAUGCCACGCCAAUAAUGCGCAACGUGACUCCCACCCAACGUAUGAGCCACGCCAGCCCAGGUCGGUCAACGAUGGCUCCUACACCGGUGAUGAAUCAAGCUAUGAUGGGAACUCCACAGAUGGCUGGCGGCAUGGGCCUCACCCCUCAGCAGCAACAACAGAUGUUGAUGCAGCAAAGACAGCAACUCCUGGCGCAGCAAGGACAUCUCGGCCAUGGCCAGCUUACUCCGCAACAGUACGCUCAGUUGCAAGCGAAUGCUCAUGCACAGCAGAAUAUCCAGUCGCACCCACAGCACAUGAUGCAAGCGCAACAGCAGAACCAGCAACAGCCAAAGAUACCGAAUCAACAGGCCUAUCAAAGCCAGAUGAUGCGUGCGCAGCUCGCGCAGUUGCAGAUGGUCCAGCAACAACAACAACAACAGCAGCAGCAGCAGCAGCAGCAGCAACAGCAACAGCAACAGUCCCAGGGCCAGCAGGCUCAUGUACACCAGGGCAGUCCGCAGAUGAACCCCCAACAGCAGAUGAUGAUGGCAGCCGCCCAAGCCAACAGCGGACAUCCACCGCAGAACAUGCAGGGAGUAAGCAUGGCACAAGGUGCUAUGGCGCAGCGCUACAAUAACAUGUACCAACAGCGCUUGCUACGACUGAGGCAAGAAAUGGCGUCCAAGUUGAUGCCCCAGUACGGGCCGCCGGGGCAGUACCCACCGCACCUUUUGCAGCAAUACCAUGCUGGGCUCGAACGGAACGCUAAGGCCUGGGUGAGCGAUAUUAUCCGCCGAGAACGUGAGGCCGCACAGCAACAACGAGCGAACCAGGUCGCUGCCGUACAAGCGCAAGUCUUACAGCAGCAACAGCAGCAGAACAUGAUGCAGAACGGCAUGGGCAAAUGA